GCUUUGCGCUGUUUGUUCUUGGCUGCUGCGCUCCUGGCGGCUUGCGACGGGCAAGGCGGGAGGAGCCGGGAGGACGGAGGCGCUGCCUGCUAUGGAGGCUUCGACCUGUACUUCAUUUUGGACAAAUCAGGAAGUGUCCUGCACCACUGGAGUGAAAUCUAUUACUUUGUGGAACAUCUGGCCCACAAAUUUAUAAGCCCCCAGCUGAGGAUGUCCUUCAUUGUAUUCUCCACUAGAGGCUCAACUCUAAUGAGACUUACUGAAGACAGGGAACAGAUACGUCAAGGCUUGGAAGAGCUUCAGAAAGUCCUGCCUGGAGGAGACACUUACAUGCAUGAAGGUUUUGAAAGGGCAAGUGAGCAAAUUUACCAUGAAAAUGUUCAAGGUUAUAGGACAGCAAGUGUAAUUAUUGCACUGACAGAUGGUGAACUUCAUGAGGAUCUUUUCUUCUAUGCAGAACGAGAGGCUAACCGAUCGCGUGACUUGGGAGCAACUGUAUACUGUGUCGGUGUGAAAGAUUUCAACGAAACUCAGCUGGCUCGAAUUGCUGACAGCAAGGAUCAUGUCUUCCCUGUGAAUGAUGGCUUUGAAGCACUCCAGGGGAUCAUAGACUCUAUUUUGAAAAAAUCCUGCAUUGAAAUUCUGGCUGCAAAACCUUCUAGUAUAUGCGCAGGAGAGUCGUUCCAAGUAGUCGUGACAGGGAAUGGAUUCCGGCAUGCCCGCAACGUCGACAGAGUCCUCUGCAGCUUCCGAAUCAAUGAGACGAUCAUUCUCAAUGAGAAACCGUUUGCUGUAGAAGACACCUACUUACUCUGUCCUGCACCUGUAUUACGUGAAGCUGGCAUGCAAGCUGCUCUCCAGGUCAGCAUGAACGAUGGCCUCAGUUUCAUCUCAAGCUCCGUCAUCAUCUCCAGCACUCACUGUUCCGAUGGGACAAUCCUGGCCAUUGCUUUGCUGAUCCUUUUCCUUCUGCUGGCGUUGGCUCUCCUGUGGUGGUUCUGGCCGCUCUGCUGCACUGUGAUUAUUAAGGAGCCACCCCCACCCCCGGAGGAAGACAGCGAGGAAGAAGAUGACGAUGGACUUCCCAAGAAAAAGUGGCCAACGGUAGAUGCUUCCUAUUAUGGUGGACGUGGUGUUGGUGGUAUUAAGCGAAUGGAGGUUCGCUGGGGAGAAAAAGGCUCUACAGAAGAAGGGGCUAAACUAGAGAAGGCCAAGAAUGCCCGAGUCAAAAUGCCAGAACAAGAGUAUGAAUUCCCAGAGCCCAGGAGCCUUGGAAACAGUAUCCGGAGGUCCUCUUCUCCCACUAAGUGGUACUCUCCAAUUAAGGGAAAGCUGGAUGCCCUUUGGAUCCUGUUGCGGAAAGGUUAUGACCGUGUAUCUGUGAUGAGACCCCAGCCAGGAGACAAGGGUCGUUGCAUUAAUUUCACCAGAGUGAAGACUUCUCAGGCUCCUCCAAAGUACCCGCUCAACAAUGCAUAUCAUCCCCCCUCUACACCCCCUGCCCCAAUUUAUAACCCUCCACCCCCUGCCCCCAUUUAUAACCCUCCACCCCCUGCCCCGAUCUAUACCCCGCCACCACCUAGCACACCCACACCACCCACUCCAUCUCCACCUUCCACCCUCCCACCACUCCCACCUCCUCCUCAUGCUCCACCCCCCAACAGGGCUCCACCCCCUUCAAGGCCCCCACCUCGUCCUUCUUUCUAAAGAGCAAACCCACCUCUCCCAGAAGCAUUUCUCAAGCCAUUUUCAGCAAUACUGUACCAAUUCUGUUACCGGGUGGCUUUAAUAUUCUGGGCGACAAGAUAAGCAAGC